UCAAAAUUGACAGUGUCUGGAAUCAAAGAUUAUUUACAUCCGAGAGUGAUCUAACUCCAUUAAGUUCAUACAGAGACAAAAAUAUAGACAUAGCAUUUUGAAAAGAAUAGCCAACCAAUUCACAAUUCACCCUCAUGAUUAGAUUUUGAAAAGAAUAGCCAACCACAUUGUUGUAUCUAUCUAAUUGUUUUUCUCUAUGCACACAUCUAACUUAGACUCUUCUAAUAUAAAUCUACUUCCAACUCGUAAUGAAUCACAAAGAAAAGGUCUUUUGCCUUUUCACUUUAUCCAUCAUAUCCUCCCAAUCCUAGAGAUCUUUUUUCUUGCACAUAUAUAUCUGCCAGCAUAAUCAGUUAACUAAGAAAUAUUUGGUUAUCAAACAAGAAAAGAGAUCAAAAUGAAGCUAUUUCAAUGGGUGCAUCGAAAACUUCGGCAGAAUAGUAUAGAUCCUUUCAAGGGUUUCACACUUGGAAACCCUUGUACUUGCCUUACAGUGCAGCCAACACUUGACAAUCAAUACUCCCAGACAAAGCCAAGCUUCAGCUCCAUAAAUCAACCCAGUUUCUCAAAGCCACACCAUCAGGAAAAUCAAACAUCUUACUCUGGGUUGGUCGACAGCAGAGAAGAUAAGCCUCAAGAAGAAACACCUGCAAUAGUCGCUGAGCUCUUUGAAGGUUUUCUAACAAUUGGAACUCUUGGUGCAGAAACAGUCACCAAUGAACCAGGAACACCAACAUUUGCUAUGCCUUCAGAAAACAUAACAUUGAGAAGUGAAGAGGUGACAGAAAAUGAACUGAAGCUCAUAAGUUAUGAGCUUGAGAAAUUUCUUGAGGCUGAAAAAGAAGAAAGUUCGUAUGAUUCAUCAGGAAGAAACAGCUAUGUUAGCAUUAUCACACUUUGUGGAAAGGAAAUAGAUGGACCCAAAGCUGAAGAUUACAGAAACAAAGAUGACUGUCCACUGCAAGGAUAUUUACUGGGGUCCUCAUUUGAACUUCCAGAAACAAAACAAGAAAGGAAAGAAAGAGCAUCACUUGCUGAGCUACUUUAUAAGAUAAAGGCAACAAGUCAAGAUUGUAUAGAGACAGGAAUACAAGGAGAAACACAAGUCAAGAGAACUACUAAGUCUUCUGCCAUGCAUAUUAUGAGAAAGAUAUUGAAAAGGGUCCACAGUUCUUCAAAAAGCUGUAACACUUCCAGGGAUGAUGCUGAUUCUGCUUCAACCAAUAAAAAACUCCACAAGGUUCUACGUAUGUUUCACAGAAAAGUCUAUCCUGAAAGCCCUGUAGAUGGAAACGAUUGCAUUCAAUCCCACAAAGGUAAGAUAAAAAAUGUCCCUCAUGAAUGCCUCCAGGAAUAUGAUGAUGGGAAGUUCACAAACCCAGACAAAGGCAAAAGAUUUUAUUCAGAUACCAAAUCAAGAAAGUGGUCCCAACACUGUAUGACCAAUUGGAACCCACCACAGCAUGGGCUAAUUUGCAGUAGCUCAACUGGAAACAAUGAGCACUGGAUCAAAACAGAUGCAAAGUAUUUGGUGCUGGAGCUGUAGCAACUUAAGUUAAUCAGUACUAAAGUCAUGAUGAAUUGAGCCUCUAUAAGAGAGACUUGUCAAAACUAGUAUUGGUAAUUUGAUAUUAUGAUUAUGUUAUGCCUGUACUUGAAGUGAUCAUGUAUUCAAUAAAUCUGUGAGUUUUGUGAAAGCUUAAUAAAUAGACAUGUUUGGUUUA